AUGAAGUGCCUAUUUUGGAAUGUGAGAGGUAUUGCUAACUCUCCUACAAAAUUAGCUCUAAAGCGCCUCAUCAAUGUAAAUAAACCUGAUUUUGUUUUCAUUUCUGAACCGUGGAUGGAUGUGAAAAAGCUUCCUUUUAGAUGGCUUCAUAGAUUAGGUCUUAAGCUUUUCGCUGUCAAUGAAAGGAAUGGCUUAGAUCCUAAUCUUUGGUGUUGCUGUAGUAUUCAUCUUGACCCUCAAGUUAUAGCAUCAGAUGACCAGCAAGUUUCUUUUCUUCUUAAAAAUAAUGGGGACACCAGUGGUGUUUCAGUUGUUUAUGCUUCUACAAAUCUGGUGGCCCGUAGAUCCCUUUGGCACAAUCUUUCCCAGCUCCAUAAUCAGUUUAAUUUUCCUUGGGCCUUCAUAGGGGACUUUAACUGUAUUAUGGGAGCCCACGAACACUUUGGUUCUAGGACUCCAGCCAGACCCCCCAUCGAAGACUUCAACAAUUGGACCAACAUGAACUCCCUUGUGCAUCUGCCCACUUCUGGUGCUCUCUUCACUUGGAAAAAUGGAAGAUCCGGUUCGAUGCAUAUUGAAAGGCGUCUGGAUAGGACUAUUUGCAACCAAAGCUGGCUGGAUUUUUGGCCCAUCAAUUCUUGCAGAACUUUAGCCAGAAACAAGUCUGAUCAUUAUCCGCUUUUGUUUGAGUUUCUCUCAAAAGAUGUCAAGGCUGCAUCAAGCUUUAAAUUCUUGCAAACAUGGGCCUCGCAUCAAAGUUGUGAAGAUUUGAUUUCUGAAACUUGGAAAACCAGGGUGGUGGGAUGCCCCAUGUUCAUUCUGCAGAGAAAACUCCAAAUCCUCAAAGCAAGACUUAAAGAAUGGAAUAAAACCACAUUUGGAAAUGUUCACGAUAAUGUCAAAUCCGCGGAGGAGAGCCUCAAACAAAUUCAAAAUAGGAUUGUGGAUGAAGGACCUUCAGACUCCCUUGAUGCUAUAGAAAGAAACGCCCAAGUUCUGCUUGACACCGCUCUCCAACGGGAAGAAUGUUUUUGGAAGGAAAGGGCUAGGGUAAAAUGGCAAGCGGAUGGAGACAGGAAUACGAGAUAUUUCCACAGGCUAGCUAAGAUAAAACAGGCUACUAGGGGCAUUUGUUGCCUAAAAAUAGAUGGAAAACUGAUCACGGAUAGAGACCAAAUAGCAGGUCAUGCGGUAUCUCAGUUUUCUAACAUUUUUAAUAAUAACACUGUUUUGCAAGACUUUAGUCUGGUUGAUGAGGUUAUUCCUCACUUGGUGACUGCAGAAAAUAACAUGGAGCUAACCAGGUUGCCGCUGUUGGAGGAGGUUUAUAAAACGGUCAUGAGUUUGGACAAGGAGAGUGCCCCAGGUCCCGAUGGCUUCAAUGGUUUCUUCUAUCAAACUUACUAG